AUGGCAGCCGUCAAUGCAUGGCGCAAGUUUGCAACACCUGUAGAUAUGCCUACCAAAGAGUAUGCAUUCGAGGUCGCAGCAGCCAACUUGCGAUUCGGAGACGGUGUCGCCCGAGAAGUUGGCAUGGAUUUCAAGAAUAUGAAGGCCCGCAAGGUCGGUCUAUUCACGGACCCCAACGUCGCGAAAUUGUAUCCAGUAAAAACCGCUGUACAAGCUUUAGAGGCCGAAGGCGUUCCGUAUGAGGUGUUUGACAACGUCGCCGUAGAGCCAACAGACAAGAGCUGGCUAGAAGCCAUCGAUUGGUCUCGAAAGCAUGACUUCUCGCACUUCCUGGCCGUUGGUGGUGGCUCAGUCAUUGAUACCGCCAAAGCUGCCAAUCUCUUCACAGUCUACAAAGAUGCAGAUCUAUACGACUUUAUCAACGCACCAGUAGGCAAAGGUCUCCCUAUUACGGAGACACUUAGGCCAUUGGUCGCUAUUCCGACGACAGCGGGUACUGGCUCGGAAACGACUGGAACAGCCAUUCUUGAUAUUCCGUCGCGCAAUUUCAAGACUGGUAUCGCAAAUCGUGCGUUGCGACCUAUCCUUGGCGUCGUCGAUACCUACAGCACCGACUCCUGCCCGCGCGAAGUGCACAUUAGUGCUGGUCUAGACGUCCUGUUCCACGCGUUGGAGAGUUAUACCGCCAUCCCGUACUAUGAACGCUCACCGCGGCCAGCCAACCCCAAACUCCGGCCGGCGUAUCAGGGAAGUAACCCUGUGAGCGAUGUAUUCGCUCAUUGGGCACUGCGUGAAGCCGUUCAAAACCUCCCACGGAUCUCUCGCAACCAAGAGGAUCGUAAUGCCAAGCGCCAAAUGCUCCUGGCGUCAACAUUUGCAGGGAUUGGGUUUGGCUCGGCAGGAGUGCAUCUCGCACACGGUAUGAGCUAUCCGAUUUCCGGUUUGAACAAGACUGGUCCAAAAUUCAAGAUGCCUGGGUAUGCCGUUGAUCACCCAAUUAUCCCACACGGUAUCAGCGUCGCACUUACCGGCCCCGCGGUCUUCCGCUUCACCGCACCUUCAUCACCGGACCGACACCGCGAAGUGCUCGGCAUCUUCAAAGACUAUUCGAAACUGGACGAAAAUGCCAUCUCGCGUUUGGCCGAUGCAGAGGUCGGACCAGCAAUCUACGAUGCUAUUGCCGCCUUUUUGGACGGCUUGGGCGUUCCACGGGGACUCAAAAAGGUUGGAUAUACAAAAGACGACGUGCCGCGACUUGUCGACGGCACUAUCCCACAACGUAGAGUUUUGGAUCUUGCGCCAGGCAUUGGCGAUGUUGCGGGAGAAGAUGGCAGGGAGCAUCUCACCGCUAUUCUUGAGGGAUCCUUGGAGUACUGA